GACGCGAAAUCUCACCACCAUCAUCAACGAAUCGAACGCACCACAUUUCAGCGAUUUCAGGCAGAGCCAGUUGCUUAUCGUUGUGUAGUGAAACAACAGAGCACCUCCAGCCAGACAGAACAUUUUCUGCGGUUCGAAGCAACUAAUUAAGUGUUUUUGGGUCACAUUCGAACUAUUCGGUUCAUUUUACUCCAGGAUACAACAUAAAAAAAUGGAAACCCUCUCCGGAUUGGUGAAAACCACCCUGCCCAACUAUUUGUCCGGGCUACCGAUUCCGAAAACCUUCGGCGGAUGGUUCCGAUUAGGAUUCAAAGACUGGCUCUCGCUGAUCCCGCCAACGGCCGCCGUCGGUGGUCUGGUGUACAUGUCCUAUCUGGCGUUCUGCCCCGAAGCCCGCCCGAAACAGUGCAAGAAGGUCAACCGCAAGAUUCGGAUGGCCGAGGCCAAGGUCGUGGACAUGGUCGACAUCGAGGACAUCGCCGAGAAGGCCGCCUUCUGCCGCUGCUGGAAGUCUAAGAAUUGGCCCUAUUGUGAUGGUUCGCACGGAGCUCACAACAAGGAGUGUGAAGAUAACCUCGGUCCGGUUGUCGUGCAGCGAAAAAAGAACUAGGUAAAUAACUAGCAUCGGGUGUCAGUUGGAUAGGUGCUUUUUUGGUAAGUUCUUUCAUUUCAACUCAGAAUUGAUUAAGUAGAAGCAAUUUGAAAUUAUAUUAGAAAAAAUCCAACCGGAAGCGUAUGAAGUGUUUCGGAUAAAGGAAGAUCUUAGUUUAAAACAUUCGAAACAGAAUUUAAAAAAUGCGCAUUAAACCUUUACUUGAAAAUUCCGUUUAACUUUUUUUUGUCGUCACGCUCAUCAUCACAUCAUCAGGUCAGGAUUAGAUUUUUGUUUUAGAGUAAAAACAGAUUGUGUUUCCUAUCAUUUUUUGCCUUAAUUUUGAUGGAUAUUGAUUUUAUAAUUUUGUGUCAGUUUAGUUAAGAGCAAGCUCAAAAUAGAAAAAAAAAACAAAGCAAAAAAAAUUAACAAUAAUGGGGAUUUUUUUUUAUUAUCUGACGGGUUUGCGCCGGGGGUCUUCAGAUUUUCCCCAAAAUUGAAAAUUUGGUUCAUUUUUGCGACUUAAAAACACAUGUAUUUUUUCAGAUUUCUAACAUUUUUAUUUUUUGAGUUAGCUUCGGUUAGGUUUUUUUGUAAAUAAAAAAUAACCAUUUUUCAAAGCUACAUAACUCUGUUGUUUCUCAACGGAAAUUAUAAAAUAGCACAUCAAAAUGCAUUGAAAUUUUAUCAGCUUUCCAAAUAGAAUAGUUGAAAAAAAUUAAAUAAUGACCUUCAACAUGAAAAGUUGUAAAUAAACUUUAAAUGGCGUCUAAAAGUACCGUCUGCACCACCGAAUAUUUUGCAAAAAAUACCAUUGUGUAGCUCGAUUCAUGAUGCAACUUUCAUCUGAAGACACCAAAGUGGGCCAUUAACACCUUGAAGAGUUAUGAAAGAAAUAACGACAAUAAAUCUCUUUUUUUGCAUCGAAAACAAACAAUGGUGGAACAACUGCACUCACAUAUGGAGAUAGCAAGCACUUCUAACAACAUGGAAACAAAAGAAUUUAUCAAAGCUGGUAUAAAACACUAUUUUUUCGUCCUUUUCAGACUGCCCCUACUCGCAUAAAAGUCCCAUAUGAAUUUUCGUCAUUUUAGGUCAACAUAAGGCUUCAACAUAAAAGACUAAAAAAAGAGGUUUUGUUCUAGAAAUUUCGAAAAAAAAAAUCAAUUCGUGGCUGUCCUAUAUGAAAUAUACCUGAAUAACAGUCCCAUUUGUGAAAUACCACGGAUUUGGUUACUUUUCAAUGUUUCUUUCGGCGAAAUAGUCUUUGGUUAUUGCUUUGAAUCAUUUUAACAUUUUUUUAACUCACUUGAUAUCGAAUGAUGCACACUAGUUUUCGAAGGCAGGUUUGACUUUCUUAGGAAUGACUUCCUGAGCGAAAAACUAUCGGAUGCAAUCAAAAAUCGUAAAAAGAUUCAACUUACAAUGUGGAAUUUAUGAUAUUUUUUUGCAAAAGUGUGUUUCUUUUUCUGACAAUUGCAUUUAGAAGUUCAAAAAUGAUCAAAUUUAAGUCUUAGAAAGUAGCUUAGUGAGAAAAAUAUAUUUUGUAUAAGACUGUUAUGCUAGUAGAUUCGAAAAAGGUUCCAAAUAUGGUCGAUUAACAGUCCCAUAAUGAAUAAAAAUGGUGCUCUCGACCUUAUCAAUAACCCAAUUUCGAAAAUUUCAGGCCUAACGAUUUAUUAUGACAACCUAGAAACGAUUUUCGUGUAUGCUGAAAGUGGUGGUCACAAUUUAAAAAUAUAUUCCAAAACAGAAAAGCCUGAUUGUCUCGCUUGCUUAUUUUUGUAUAUGGGACUGUUAUGAAAGAAGGGGCGGUAGAUUGUUGCAGCUUAACUGACUUCAUGUUAUAUCCAAAAAUCUAAUAACGUAUUCGUUUAUACCUAGUUUUGCACCAGGUCACAACAAGUUAUGCACAUUUUGCUGUCAUUUUUAGAAGUUUAUGCGUUAAGUUUUGCAUCCGUAAUUCCCCAGAUUUGAUUUAAAAUGGACGGUGGAACACUGAAGAUUCGUGUGCGAGCGAUCGAGGUAGCAAACCACUGAAGACGAAUUAUGUUCGUUCUAGUAUGGUAAACCUCAAAACUGGGCAAAUGUAGAUAACGAAUACGGUAAAAGUUCCAUAGUUCCAUCAUUUUACAGAAUGGGCUGGCCAUACUGAGCUCUUUGAUUAUUUCUACAACGUUUGUGCCACUUUCUCAUACUUUUUUGAUCAAUGGGAAAGGAUUUUGGUGUCCAGUGCUUAGUUAACGAUAUAAAAACUAUGUAAAGCACGCCUAUAUUUCAUUUUUUUAAUCACAUUUUUGUGAUCCCAAACACAGGGACUGAACCUUCUAUUAUUGGCAUUGAUUAUGCUUCACAAUGAUGUUUGAUCGAAAAAUUAAUAAGUUAUAUAGUAUAUGACCAGGUUGUAAAAGCAACAUUCCCAUCAUUAGUUAUAUCACUUAAACAAUACGAGACUCAGAAUUUUGGUUAAAAUUUAAAGUCAGUUUUGCUGCAAACACUCUACAAGCACGAAAAAUUAGUGUUUUUUACCUGUUUUGGUAAGUUCUUUUGUUUCCAUGUUGUUAGAAGUGCUUGCUAUCUCCAUAUGUGAGUGCAGUUGUUCCACCAUUGUUUGUUUUCGAUGCAAAAAAAGAGAUUUAUUGUCAUUAUUUCUUUCAUAACUCUUCAAGGUGUUAAUGGCCCACUUUGGUGUCUUCAGAUGAAAGUUGCAUCAUGAAUCGAGCUACACAAUGGUAUUUUUUGCAAAAUAUUCGGUGGUGCAGACGGUACUUUUAGACGCCAUUUAAAGUUUAUUUACAACUUUUCAAGUUGAAGGUCAUUAUUUAAUUUUUUUCAACUAUUCUAUUUGGAAAGCUGAUAAAAUUUCAAUGCAUUUUGAUGUGCUAUUUUAUAAUUUCCGUUGAGAAACAACAGAGUUAUGUAGCUUUGAAAAAUUGUUAUUUUUUAUUUACAAAAAAAUCUAACCGAAGCUAACUCAAAAAAUAAAAAUGUUAGAAAUCUGAAAAAAUACAUGUGUUUUUAAGUCGCAAAAAUGAACCAAAUUUUCAAUUUUGGGGAAAAUCUGAUGACCCCCGGCGCAAAUUGUCAGAUAAUAAAAAAAAAUCCCCUAAUACAACGCUGCAAUGGUGAGUGUUUUGAACACUUGUGGAGGCCUUUCUUUGAGAGAAAACUAACAAAAACAGGUGCGAGUCGUUACUCUUUGCAGAUGCUGCUACUAGGAGUAGAAAUAAACAGUGCUGUUGUUUGAAAGACAUUUUGGCAAUAAUUUUUUUUCCCAAUAAACCAUCAUAUUAUCAGAUAUGUUA